AUGGGGAGCCGCCCCACCCCUGAGCUCCAGAGAACCACAUCAGCUGGGUACCGACUGCCCCCUACCAGGCCACCAGCCUCAGGAUCUGCACCUUCCCGAGGUGGCCCUAUGGUGGGCAGGAGUCUUGCUGGUGGCUGCCCGGCACCCCGGGCCCCAAAGGCAAACAAGGGGCAGUGGGUGGCACAGAAGGCCGAGGGCACGCAGCAGGACCAGCUGUGGAGGGAGCUCCUGGAGGCCGAGCGGCGGGGCCUGCAGCGCUGGGUGCAGAACUGGAGUUUCCUAAAGGACUAUGACCCAAUGGGCAAUAAGAAGGAGCCUGAGCCCCUGCCAGACUAUGUGCCUCUCUUUUCGGACACAGUCCCCAAUUCCACGAAUCAGGUGGUGGGCAGCAGGGUGGACACGCCCCUGGGGAAGAUGCUCAUCGGCAUGGACUUCUCCUUCGUGGAAGGAGCUCGGAAGAAGAAGCUGGAAGAUGAGCUGCAGCCCAUCUAG